AUGCUUCUGCGAGAUAUAGUUAUCGAGUCUACAGGUGCAGACUCUCCGACGGCAUUUCUCGCACACGGGCCGAAUGGGACAAGAGCACCUGGUCGCCCAGUGGACUUCGCCUCAACGAAAGACAUCGAAGUCGUUGAUUUCGAGUGCGUGACCCCGUUGCAAGGACCCAUAACCCAGAGCGAUACGCCGACGAGUUCGGCGGUCAACGCUGAUCCCGGAGACUCCAGCUGCCGAGAUGAUUCUGGGACGACAACUCCUCAGGGUCAAACACUACAACAAUCACUCGACCAAGGCGGGCACGCCAGCGCGGAAGCCCAUCUAGCACAGUGGUUAUCACACGGGAAUUAUGCCCUACCAUCGCAUGAUGUGAUGCCUCCAUCCAACGAUGAAAAGAAAAACGCCUUCCUCGGGACAUCAGCUCGCUUGACCGCCAAUAUCGAACACAGGUUCGAAUCCGCACAAUCCGAAAUUCAGCAGAAGUUUCGAAGACUUGCGGAGUGCCAAAGAGCUAGUUUUGACAAGCUUGCAGCAAACGUGAAGGCUCUGGACCACCCAGCCCUUCGCUCCCUCUUGGAAGAUAAAGCCAAGGAAGAAGUGGGGAGCGCUCUACACGGAACCAUUCGUUCUUUCAAGGCAGCGGUCUACGACAAGCUGCAAGAGAUUGAGGAGGUAAAGCAUUUCAUUCUCCAUGAUUAUCGUCCCGGUGUAGCGAACACCGUUUCUGCAAUAGCAAGUGGGACAUACGCGAACAACCGGCUAAGGCAAGAAACUGCCUGUGCAAACAAGUCAGGAGACGCAUAG